AUGGACACCCUGGAAGAGACCUUCCUCGGCCUGGACGACUGCUCGGGCUCUGCGGACAGCCAGGGUCUGCUGUCCUCCUGGGACUGGAAAGCUGGGUCUGGACACUUUGAGCUAAACCAGACUUCCCCAGCGCAGAGCCUCUCUCCAGCUCCAUCACUGGAGUCUUAUUCUUCCUCCCCUUGUCCCCUGGUGACUGGCCCGUCCUGUGGGCUUGGAGGUGCCAGCACUGCAGGCAGCGAUGGCUGUAGCAGCCAUGGGCCUGGUGGCCUGGUGGAGAUGGAUUACAAUCUCUUAGCUUUCCAGCCUGCCUAUUUGCAAGGCACUGAUGGAGCCAGGGCCCAGAAGGGUCCCAAAGUCAGGAUGUCUGUCCAGCGGAGACAGAAGGCCAGUGAGAGGGAGAAGCUCCGCAUGAGGACCUUAGCCGAUGCCCUGCACACACUCCGGAAUUACCUGCCACCUGUCUAUAGCCAGAGGGGCCAGCCACUGACCAAGAUCCAGACGCUGAAGUACACCAUCAAGUACAUCGGGGAACUCACAGACCUCCUCAACAGCGGGAGAGAGACACGACCCCAGAAUGCUUAA